CACGUUCAAUCCUCCGUCACCUGAAGCGCAACACUGCCACGGGCCCUCUUCAGCAGGCAACGCGAAAAUCUCAAGCCCUCCAUUUUUCACAAAGCAGCAACAGCGGCCAUGGCACCUGCCAGGGUGCUGCUGAUCGCCGGCUCCGACAGCUCCGGCGGCGCGUAAGUCGUUCUUUCCUAGACCUUCGUUCACUUAUCAGCGCACGCUCCCCAAAAAAAACACACAAGACUCGCAUCCCGUCCGUCCGUCCCACGCUGUUCUUGCAUCUUCCGCCCGGAAUAUUCGGGCGGGCAGGCAGACCCAUGAUCAAGGAGACAUUUUUAAGAAAUCGCUGACAUGCUGGGCCCCCGCGCCGCCGCCACCGGCAAAGUGGCCUUGAGGCGGGUCAAAAGGUGCUCGCCGCGCACGGCUGCUAUGCCAUGACGGCGACGACGGCUCUGACGGUGCAGAACACGACGGGCGUCAAGGGUAUCCACGUCGUGCCCGCCGACUUUGUGGAGCGUCAGAUCGAGGCGUGCCUCGAGGACGUGGGCGUCGAUGUCAUCACAACAGGCAUGCUCGCAGCCGCAGAGACCAUCGAGGCUGUCGCGCGACAGGUGCGCAAGCACAGGGCUCGCGCUCUCGUCGUCGACCCGGUCAUGGUCUCGACGUCGGGCGCUCAACUGCUUCCCCAUGAGGCCAUUCGUAAUCUCUCACAGCAUCUCUUACCGCUUACCACGGUGCUCACGCCCAACAUUCCCGAAGCGAAGCUCAUCCUUUCUGAGAACGGUCCCGGGGACAAAGGCGUGGUCUCCGAGCAUAGCGGCAAGGGAGAGGACAUUCGCUCCGUCGCCGACAUCGAGGCCGUGGGCCGUCGCAUACAGUCCCUUGGCCCGGAGUGGGUGCUCGUCAAGGGCGGUCACCUGCCCUUCGCCGCCGCCGACAUGACCAUCGCCGACGCCGGGACGCCGCACAAGGUUGUUGUGGACACGCUCGUCGGGCCCGACGGCUUCGUGAUGCGCGUCGAGAGCCCCUGGCAGGAGACCACGAGCACCCACGGCACCGGCUGCUCGCUCGCAGCCGCCAUCUCGUCUGGCCUCGCUGUGGGCAAGGACGUCCCCGCCGCCGUCCGGGCCGCGUGCCGAUACGUCGAGGCUGGUAUCCGAGAAGCGCCGCAGCUUGGCAGCGGCCACGGGCCCUUGGACCACUUUCACUCGACCUUUAACCUGCCGUUCUCCCCGGGUUACUUCAUCGAGUACCUCCUCGAUCGACCCGACGUCAGAGACGUGUGGAAAAACUUCGUCUACCAUCCAUUCGUCAUGGCCCUUGGAGAUGGCACGCUACCCCUUGAGUCCUUCAAAGGCUACAUCAUCCAGGACUAUCUUUACCUUAUUCACUUUGCCCGCGCCAAUGCUCUUGCGGCGUACAAGACGACCGACAUCACCGACAUUACGAGGUCAAGCGGGUCCGUCGGGCACAUCAUGCACGAGCUGAAACUACACAUAAGCUACUGCGAGUCUUUCGGCAUAUCUGUCGCCGAGAUGCGUUCCACGGAAGAGAAGCAAGCUUGCACCGCAUAUACGCGCUAUGUCCUCGACAUCGGCCAAAGUGAGGACUGGCUCGCCCUGCAGAUGGCCAUCGCACCGUGUCUCCUUGGCUACGGCGCAGUCGCCAAGAUGCUCCACGCCCACCCGAGCACCCGGCGCGAUGGCAACACUUUUUGGCCCUGGAUAGAGAACUACAUUGCCGACGACUACACCGCCGCCGUGAAGCUCGGUUCAGACCUGAUAGAAGACAACAUGAGACGACAGUCGCCUUCUCGCGUGGAGGAGCUCGUCAAGAUAUUCAUCCAUGCUCUCAAGAUGGAGAUUGGUUUUUGGGAAAUGUUUCCUCAUAAAUAAGAGGUUGACAUUACGAGGCGGCGAGGUCUCCUUUCUGUACAUGCAGGCCCGGGGCUGGAGCCAAAUCAACCGCGCUCACCCCCGCUUCGAGGAUAGACCAGAUUGGCUGCCCGCGCGCGGCGUAAUACAAUACUUCGUACACUACACCAUUACGGAGUAUACUAGUAUCUAGACCUUUUUUAUUCUUAUUACAGGCACAUGUGCUACCAUUGGAC